AAAUAACUGUCAAAAUUAAACAUCUAUCUAAAAACAAGUAUGAGUAAUAGUUGAUUUUAUUGUAUAAUUAAUUAAUAAUAUAGAUAAUAUUUAUAACGAAAAUGUUUAAUUUUUGGUCAAAACCAGAUCCAAAAGACGAUCAACGAGAAGCUGAUAGACAAUUACGAAAAGUGGGUAGAGAUAUCGAAAGAGAUCGUCGGCAGCUAGAACGAGAAGAACAGAAAUUGGAACAGGAAAUAAAAAAAUUAGCCAAACAAGGAGAUUCUGAAGGAUGUAGGGUAUUAGCAAAGCAAUUAGUACAACUUCGUAAACAAAAACAAAGAACAUAUACUGCGGGCAGCAAAGUUCAAGGGAUCGCUUUUCAAAAUAAAGCUAUGGGAGCAAAUGUUAAGUUGGCCGAAGCAAUGGGCACUGCAGGAAAAACCAUGUCGGACAUGAACAAAAUAAUUAACCCCGAAGAAUUAGCUUCUACACUUAACGCGUUUUCUAGGGAAAAUAUGAAAAUGGAAAUGACGGAUGAAAUGGUUAACGACGCGCUGGAUGAUAUGUUAACCGAAUCUGGGGACGAGGAAGAGAGUGAUAACAUUGUAACUCGAGUUUUGGAUGAAAUCGGAAUUGAAAUUAGUGGGAAGAUGGCUGGGGCUCCUUUACCGGAGAAGGGUAAAAUCGGCGAAGCUUCUAAAGCUAAAGGGAUGAGUGAUGAUGAUAUUGAAGCUCAACUGGCUAAAUUAAGAGGUUGAGUUGAGUAUAGUUGCUGUAAAAAUGUGCCUCUCGAUGCAAGUUAUCUAUGUAUUUCCUCUAUUAUUGAUAUUUUCAAAUAUAAUUACCAGAAUUUUGUUUA